CUUAGCCGAGGUGGACAGAAAGUUUGGUGAGGAGCCGGAGGGAGGGGGACAGAGGAGCCACAGGUAGAUAUCCACAGCCAGUAUGAGUGACAGCGAGACGCAGAUCGCCGCACCACCUGCUCCACCUGCACAGGUGGAGGACCAACCACAGCCGGAGAGGAAAACCAUCGCCACGUUGGUUCAAGGCACAGUUAAAUGGUUUAAUGUGCGUAAUGGAUAUGGCUUUAUUAACAGGAAUGACACUCAAGAAGAUGUCUUUGUUCAUCAGACUGCUAUCAAGAAGAACAACCCUAGGAAAUUUCUACGGAGUGUUGGGGAUGGGGAGAUUGUAGAGUUUGACGUAAUCGAGGCAGCCAAGGGCUCUGAAGCUGCAAACGUGACCGGUCCAGGUGGGAUUCCAGUAAAAGGCAGCCGCUACGCCCCUAACAAACGGCGUUUCCGUAGGCGAUUCUUUCCUCGUCCCGGUGACCCGACCAAGCCAGCUGAGGGCCAAGCCCCUGUUUCUGAGGCAGACAGACCGGUAGACGGUACCGCAGAGGCGCCUCAGCAGCGACGCCGCAGGCCCCGAAAGCCACGGCAGAUUCCUCAAAACGUAAGCACACGAAAUUUUGACUGCUGCAUGGAAGCUGCUCUGAAAAUUGAGUUGGAGAAGCAGAGCAGAAAGACGGAGUUGCAGAAGGUGAAUGGUCGGGUCAGCAACCAGUACGGCGCAGAUUCUGGCGACCAUAUCGCAGCUCCUGAGCAGCCUGCAGAUGCCCAGAAGGCCCCUGGUCCAGAGGAGGGCCAGGAGCCGGCUGAGCAGCAGCAGCAGCAGCAGCAGGAGGAGCAGGCGGAGGCCCCUGAGGGCCCCCAGAUAAACGGAGGGGCCACAGACGGCCAAGGACAGAAACAGCGCCGCCCGGUCAGACGGCGCAGGCAGAGAAACUCUGACUCUUCUACCUCAAAAACCAGUCAGAAUGACACUGAAAAGUCUGCAUCAGAGCCCGGCACCCCACCUCAGGCAUCGAAACCAGAAGAGCUGGGAUCCACUUCAAAAUCACCGAAGACCUCUCCGACAUCCCCUCCAGAAAUGACAUCCCCUCCCGAAAUGCCCAAAUCUCCGAGAUCUCCUCCUGAAAUGCCAAAAUCCCCGACAUCCCCUCCCGAAAUGCCAAAAUCCCCGACAUCCCCUCCCAAAAUGCCAAAAUCCCCGACACCCCCUCCUGAAAUGCCCAAAUCCCCUGAGGCAGAAGCCCCCACAGUGCAGACGGCGUCAGAGUAACUUCCAGGGGGACGGUGGCCCGGCCCUGGGGAAGAGGUGGGACUCCACGUUAUGGCUGAGCAAACCCUGGCUUUGCAACCUUGUGAUGGACAAUAUUGGGCCGUUUAAGUAAAUAUGUUUAAGGUGGACUGAUUUAUUUGAAUGGAUGGAAAGCAUUUUUACAUGGUCUUUAAUGAUGUUGUGUUUGGACACCUUUUGUCAAUUACAGGAAACGUGUGUUUUUGUUUUUUUUUCCUUUUGCUCACACUUUCAAACAAGGAUUUCAGACUAAUAUAACGCUUAUUUUUAGGACUGGAGUUGUCUUGUCUUUUUUCUUCACUGUCUUUUUCAAUCCUUGCUGCCACCUUGGCUUUUAUUUUUUGUUUCAUAGGUUUCCAAGGGUUGGAGGACUGAGCUUAUUUCAGAACACAUGCACUGCACUCCCCAGUCCUCCAACCCACCUAGUCUUGCUGUCAACCCUCUGACCGUCUCCCCCCCCAAUCUCGUCUUGUGGCGUUCUGUGUUGAUGCUGACAUUUUGGAGGGGCACAGGGCGUGGAAAAAAAGGGAUACUGUUGGGUGCAUGUUUAGAAGUUAGAAAAACGCCUUAAAAAAUAAGGGAAAGAAUGGACGAUCUGCUUGGUAACCCAGUGAUACCAACCCCUCUUUAAAGAACUUUUUCUUUGAUUGACCAGAUGGGGUACAUCAGGUAGUUUAGAGGAACCAGCCUUGUAUUUUAUUUAACCUUUUUUAAUUUCUUUGAAAACCCCAAGCAGGUGCAGCCGGUGGUGCAUGUUCUGUUACCACUUGAAUCAAUUCUUGAUAUGUACCAAUCUCCUCAGCUGAGGAUGGAUUGAUGGGGGAAAAGCUUUUAUUUCCUGAGUUUUUUUGUUUAGAGGGGAUUAUGUGCAAUGUCAGUACCUACAUAUUAAUUAAUAAAUCAUGUUUGCAA